CCACAGCUCAGUAUGGCACUGUUAUCAGCUUUAACUCCAGAUGAAAUGAUGAUUGGGAUCUUUGUUACGUUGGCAUUCACUUCCGUCCUAUUUCUCUGGUAUCAUCAUACUAGCUACGGGUCAGGAAUCAAACUGCCUCUUCCUCCCGGACCUAGAAAACUACCAAUCCUCGGAAACGCAUUAGAUAUGCCAGCUACUGAUCAACACAUUAUAUUUUCUCAAUGGGCUGAACAAUAUGAUUCAGAUAUCCUCCACCUCAAGGUUGCAGGAGGGGAUUAUAUCAUACUAAACUCAUAUGAGGCAGUGAUUGAUUUACUGGAUAAGAGAUCCGCUAUCUAUUCAAGCCGGCCACAUUUUACAAUGUUACAGGACCUUGUAGGAUGGGAGGGAGAUCUCCUUUUCAUGUCUUCAGGAAAAGUGUUGAAUGCUCAUAGAAAGCUUUUUCAUCAAGAAUUCCAUCCAACAAAUUCUGCCAUACAUCGUAUACAUGAAAAAAGAGCAUUGGGGGUUUUCUUGAAUAGUCUGCUUGAUACACCGGAGGAAUGGGUUAGCCAUAUCAAACAGAUGAUUGGUGCUAUUAUCAUUGGUGUAGCAUAUGGUGUGCAAGUCCAGCCAAAGGAUGAUCCAAAUAUUACUGCAGCUUCGAAGAUGUACUCUGUUUUGAAUGCAGCUUCAGUACCUGGUGCAUUUCUUGUGUUUUCUGCCUCUGAUAUUUUUGAUCAGGAUAUCCUCUCAUUUCUCAAAUAUGUUCCCGCAUGGUUCCCAGGUGCUUCUUUCAAGCAGAAAGCCAAAGCUUGGUAUGGGAUCCGUAAUGCAACAAUCAGACCUCCAUUUAUGCAGGUGAAGCAGGCACUAAUUGAUGGGACCGCAAAUGAUAGCUUUACCAGUCGAUGUUUGGCAAAUGCAGAACACUUUAAUCUUGAUUCCGAUUCUGAUUGUCUCUCAGAGGAAGAGGAAAUGAUUAUGCAAACUGCGGGGACAUUGUAUGAAGGUGGUGCAGACACAGGGAAAACUGCUCUACGAACCUUUCUUCUUGCUAUGAUGUGUUUUCCAGAUGCGCAGCAUGCAGCUCAAGAGGAGCUUGACCAUGUCAUUGGUCAAAAGCGGCUUCCAGAUUAUCAGGAUAUGGAUGAUCCUGCCACGCUACCUUAUGUACGAGCAAUCAUUUUGGAAUGUUUAAGAUGGCAGACUGUUGUUCCAUUAGCUGUCCCCCACCUUGUUGACACAGAGGAUACAUAUAAAGGUUACUACAUCCCCAGAGGCUCAACAAUACUACCCAAUGUAUGGGGAAUCUUGCGAGACAAAAGGAGAUAUGGUCCCACUGCAUCUACAUUUGACCCCAAACGUUGGCUGCUCCAAACCUUUGAUGAUAAAGGGAAGGUUCAAUGGGAGCUUGAUUCUGACAUGAUGGAACAUGACCCAAUCCCAAUAAGUUUUGGUUUUGGGAGGAGAGUCUGCCCUGGUCAACACAUGGCACUGUCCACAUUUCAAAUCAAUGUUGCCUCUCUUCUGCAUUGCUUUAAUAUCGACCCUCCUGUGGAUGAAAAUGGGAAUCAUAUCAUUCCUGAAAUCAAAUAUGUUUCAGGAAUCACAAAUGGCCCUGCUCCCUUUGAUUGCUGCAUCAAACCUCGCUCCGAUGAGCAUGCUGCACUUGUACAACAUAUGUUAAUGGAUGAAUGAAGGAAUCUGA